UAAAUCCCCUAAACGAUUCACGAAAAAGAGCUAAACCUACUCUAUCAGAUGGAUUCUUCUUCACCCCCUCAAAGACAACAAGAUGAAUUUCAAAAUGAUGAUAAAUCCGAGAGAAGUGAAGAAGAUGUGGUGACACCUACUCAUGAAUCUAGAAACAAAGGAAAGGACAUGACAUUUAGGUAUCAAGUAUGGAAGUAUAGUAAUGCUCAGAGUCAGCAUAUUUUGAAUCUUGGAGGUAAUGGUGGAAGUGGUAAUGGGAAUCUGAUAUUAGCUAAAGUUUCUGAAGAUAUUUUCCAUGAAGUUACUAACGAAAUGCUUGUCUUGGCUACUAGAGAGAUUGUGCAGAUGUAUGUGAAAAGGAAAGCUGCUAAGAUGAAGGUGCUUAGUUCUAAUAACCAAAGGAUUUCUCUUACAACCGAUGGAUGUUUGAAGAGUACAAUAACCAGGGAGAGACUCAAUGUGUCAUCAUCUCAAACGGCUGGGACGUCAUCUGUUGGAGGACAAAACUCACAAGAUUCUGAUUUGUUUGACAAAAUAGAUUUAGAGAAUGAUUCUGGAUAUGAAAGAAUGGAUUUUCUAUACAAAGAGAUGGUGAAUGAGAUAGGAUUUGCGAAUACAAGUUUUGAGCUGGAGUUAUAUUUGAAAGAGAAAGUGGAAAUUGUAAAGAUCAAUCCGCUUGGAAUACCAUUUGAUGUCAUGGGAUGGUGGAGGACCAACAACUCAAAGUAUCCCGUUUUAUCUGUAAUAGCCAGAGAUAUACUUGCAAUGCAUGUGUCUUCGGUUGCAUCUGAAUCUGCAUUUAGCAAUAGUAAUCGCAUCUUAGAUCUUUUUAGGAGUUGCUUGACCCAUACAUAAUCUAAAUGGGCAAAAUAUAUUUAAACAUAAAUA